ACGAGAUCUGCAGAAUUUAUUCCCAUUCUGCUGGUGACGGACCAUUCUGGAAUUUAAUAUAAAGGAUGAAUAAGAGGAUUGAGACACCAUGCGGAUAUAUAUAUAUAUACUGAGAAGAUGAAGGUGAAGAAACAUCCAGCCCUCGUGGCUCCAGGACGGGUCCGGUGACAUUCCUGCCUUCAGGACCGCCACUCCACAAGGUAUUUCAGGAGAUAGAGAUGAGAUGAGUCGGGCAUCUGCAGAGCAUCUCUCAGCAGCACUGAAGCGAGGAUGAUGAGAGUCCUGGUUAUUCUUCUGCUGACUGUCCUCCCAGCAGUCGUGCUCCCCGAGCGGCCGCUUCCCCCCGUCUGCGGCUCUCCGGUGUUCUCCCGGAGGAUAAUCGGAGGAACGGAUGCAGCAGAAGGAGCCUGGCCCUGGCAGACCAGUAUACUGUACAACUGGAGCCCGGUCUGUGGGGGGUCCCUGAUCACCACCCAGUGGGUGCUCAGCGCCGCGCACUGCUUCUCCGCAUCCUCAUCCGCCUCACUGUACUCUGUCUACCUGGGGGUCUACAAGAUGGACAUCCCCAAUUCGAAUGCGCUGCUAGCUAAUGUGGACAGUCUGGUUAUCCACCCCCAGUACACAGGUCCUGGAAGCAGUGGAGAUAUUGCUCUGGUCCACCUCUCCAGACCGAUCACCUUCACCCAGUACAUUCGCCCAGUGUGUAUGCCAUCAGCCUCCAUGGUCUUCCCACCAGGAUCCAGUUGCUAUGUUACAGGAUGGGGCCGGACAAAGUCUGAUGAAUUCCUGGCGUCACCUAAGACCCUUCAGCAGCUGAUGCUUCCGCUGAUCAGCAGGGAGAUCUGUGACCAGAUGUACCACAUAGACUCAGGUACCGGAGCCAGCGUGGCCAUCAUCAAGAGUGACCAAAUCUGUGCUGGGUACCAAGCUGGACAGAGAGAUGCCUGCCUUGGAGACUCCGGGGGUCCUCUGGUGUGUAAAAUGAAUGGGUAUUGGUACCAGGCUGGCAUUGUGAGCUGGGGAGAUGACUGUGCUCUGCCAAACCGCCCAGGAGUCUACACUUUGGUUUCAUCCUAUGAGUCAUGGAUCAACUUGUACAUUAUCAAGAGCUUCUCCUCCUCUUCUCCCAGUCUGGGUGCCUCAGUGCUGCUCCUUAUGGUCUCUCUGAUGCUGCAUAGCUGAUUAACGUCUCCCAUGAGGCUAAGGAACCCAAAAAAUAACUCUACCUAAAUGCCUACAACGGCCAAAGUCACGACUCCAGAUAAAUGAGUAUGGAGAUUUAUUUUAAAGACUAAUUCUUCAUGACUUGGUGAAUAUUGUGCAUCCUCAUCAUCGUGUCUCAUCUUUAUUCUGCCUCUUCAUCUUCAUUGUUUCUCUUCAUCAUCAUCGUGUCUCAUCUUCAUCAUUACAUCUCCUCAUCUUCAUCGUGUCUCAUCAUCAUCAUUACUUCUCCUCAUCUUCAUCGUGUCUCAUCAUCAUCAUUACUUCUCCUCAUCUUCAUUGUGUCUCAUCUUAAUCAUUGCAUCUCCUCAUCUUCAUCGUGUCUCAUCAUUACAUCUCCUCAUCUUCAUCGUGUCUCAUCUUAAUCAUUACAUCUCCUCAUCUUCAUCGUGUCUCAUCUUCAUUCUGUCUCCUCAUCUUCAUUGUCUCUCCUCCUCAUCAUCAUUGUGUCUCAUCAUUACAUCUCCUCACCUUCAUUGUGUCUUAUCUUCCUCAUUGUCUCCUCAUCUUUCUCAUCAUUGUGUUACCUCAUAGUCCUCAUUAUUGCGUCUUCAUUGUGUAUCCUCAUUUUCUUCAUUAUUGUGCCCCAUCCUCCUCAUCUUCAUUAUCAUUUUGUUUUCCUUCUGGAGAACAUCCUGCUCACUGUGGGUUCUGUUCACCCUUGUGUGUCUUGAAUGGAUGGACGUCUUAAUUCGUUACCAGAACAUGAUGGAUUUAGCGGACAGUGGACAAUGUAAUAAGAAAAGUUGUAGCCAUAGACGUCUUCCCCAUUCCCAGUUCACCUCAAGAAGCAGACAUGGAUCAGAAGAUUUGCACACAGAACUGAGGGGGCUACAGCAAAACAUCCUCAUAUUAGAUGCCCCCUUACAAUCCCAGGACAAGGGGUCCAGCACAUUGUAUGGGAUAAUGGAGACAUGUCCGUCUGCCCAGUCAUCCUGCCCUCUGCUUGUGUUCCAGUCUGGGCACUGACGAAUGGCAGCUGUGGGACUGCGAUCUAGGGACUCCUUCUCCAUGGACGCCACAGCAGCCAGCAACAGGACAGAAGAUAUUUCCAGGAUUUUUGGGAGAUUUUAUAAAUGGUGCAGAGCACAUGUAAAGCCCACACCAACUAAAUAUGUGUUUGAUCCUGUCUGGUCUCUGAGGACAGCAUUUUGCAAGGAUAUCAGUCCCAGGAGCCCCAUCUAUGUAUAGAUCCAUACACUGCCGUCCAUAUUGAGCAGACAUGACCAAACAAUCCUGCCGAGGAAAUCGAACCAUCCCCUCUGAAGUCGUGAUCCCAGACAUAACUAACUGAGCACUGAAACUUCGAUAGGGGGUGAGUUAUCCGACCUCCUGUGAUUGUGACCACAAGACAUUAUGUGGAGGAUUUCAUUGUUCUUAGUGACACUGAUACAAUGUAACAAUAAUAAUAACAAUAAUAAUAUUUUGUUUAAUCUUGUAUAUAGAAGCUGACAUAAGUAA